GAAACUCACAACCCUGCCCCUACAAUCGUUGAGCAGGUAGCUCUUGGUCGCGUCUUCGAGACGACUCUUGUCAUUACUUGUGUUGAUUUCCGCCUGAACUCAGAUCUAUUUUUGCAAACCAGGCCAGAGGAUCAAAUACUUAUAUCGCGCAACCCUGCUGGCCGUGUUACUCCCGCCUUACAAGAGGUGAUGCUCUUUGACGUCUUUCUUGGUCUUAGAAGCGUUAUAGUGAUUCAUUACACAGACUGUGGUGCGAGUUACUUCAAGGAUGUAGAUAUUCGAAAAGCCCAUAAAAGCCGUCUGCCAAAUCAUUCGGAGAUUGAUAAUAUGGUGUUCGGGGCUUUUGAUAAUGUUGAGCAAAGCGUCAAAGAUGAUCUUCAUAUACUGAAGACAUCUCCUUAUGUGCCUAAGAGGAUUGCUGAUCAAUGCUUUGGUUUUGUAUACAAUAUAAAGACCGGUCUUUUAACUCCAGUCGACUAUACUCAUGAUUCGUGA